AUGGUUUUCCCGAUUUUACCUCUCUUCAGCAGAGGUGAAGAAUUGGCAAGCGUCGUUGAAGCCAAACCGUACGUUGGACUAACUGGUCAGGCUUUACUAAACUUGUCUUAUACUAGUGUUGAGCAAGCCUCUGCAUUCAUUCAAAACAACAUCUCCUUUAGCUUCGUAUGUGGUCUUCUCAGUGCAGACCACAGGGUAAGUGAUGAUGAUAUUGUGCGCUUUGUCAACAGCGGUAUAUCGGUUCUGUUUGUGGCUAGCAAAGAACAGGCUAUUAGCUUAGAAGAAUUAGGUGUGCCUAAGGAUAGAGUAGCUAUUUUUGACGGUUCCGCUUACACCAGCAAAUUUGGAGUGGUUCAGAGAUUUUGCAAAGACAACAUUGUUGAAGCCAAAGAUCUUUCUGAACAGAAAUUGACCCAGGCCUUGUUGUCCGCAGCUAAAACUGACCGCGAAGAUAAGCUUUACACUACUUUAGUUGUAGACACUCACGAGCGUUGUCUAGGUCUUGUGUACUCUUCCAAGGAGUCGAUCAAACUCGCCAUUGAAAAGCAAGUAGGCGUGUAUUUCUCACGCUCUAGAAAUGAAAUUUGGGUCAAAGGUUUGACUUCCGGAAACACUCAAAAACUAAUGUCCGUCCAACUAGACUGCGACGGCGAUGCCUUAAAGUUUGUUGUGGUCCAAGAAGGCAAAAAAUCCGAUUUCUGUCACCUAAAUACCGCGUCCUGCUAUGGUGAAUUCCAACAGGGUCUGGUUGGGCUCGAACAGCUCCUUCGUCAAAGAUUGGAAAAUGCACCAGAAAAGUCAUACACCCGUAGGUUGUUUAACGACCCAGAGCUACUUUCUGCAAAAAUCAAGGAGGAAGCUGAAGAAUUAACAGAUGCCAAUACUAAGAGCGAAAUUUCAUGGGAAGCCGCCGAUUUGUUUUAUUUCGCUAUGGUCAAAUUAGUAUCUAGCGGUGUUUCUUUGGAUGAGGUUGAGAGAAACUUGCACACCAAACAUCUGAAGAUUACCAGGAGACAAGGCGAUGCCAAGCCAAAAUUUUUGAAACAGGAUCCUAAACCUGAAUCAGUUAAUGAGCCGGAGACUCCAACUAAUGGUAGUAUCAACCUAAAUGUAGUUUCGGCUCAGAACAAAGCUGCAGUAGCUGCAGCUCUGAGUAGACCUAUUCAAAAAACCGCUGAUAUUAUGCACUUGGUUAAUCCUAUCGUGGAAAAGGUGAGGAAGGAUGGGAAUAAAGCUUUGUUAGAGUUCACAAGUAAGUUCGAUGGUGUGCAACUAGAGUCUCCCGUACUAGAAGCUCCAUUCCCAGAUGAAUACUUAGAGGGCCUCACCCAGGAAAUGAAAGAAGCUUUGGAUUUGUCGAUGGAGAAUGUUCGUAAGUUUCACGACGCUCAGUUACAGAAGGAAACUCUUCAGGUCGAAACUCAACCUGGUGUCAUGUGUUCACGUUUCCCACGCCCAAUUGAGAAGGUAGGUCUCUACAUCCCAGGUGGUACUGCUGUUUUACCCAGUACUGCCCUUAUGUUGGGUGUCCCUGCGCGCGUAGCACAAUGUAAGGAGAUUGUCUUUGCAUCUCCUCCCCGCAAAUCCGAUGGUAGAGUCUCCCCUGAAGUUGUAUAUGUGGCUAAGAAAGUCGGCGCUUCCAUGAUCGUGUUGGCCGGUGGUGCGCAAGCCGUAGCCGCUAUGGCUUACGGUACAGAGUCAGUUCCAAAAGUGGAUAAGAUUUUGGGUCCCGGCAACCAGUUUGUCACGGCUGCCAAAAUGUAUGUCCAAAAUGAUACCCAAGCCCUGUGCUCUAUCGACAUGCCAGCUGGUCCAAGUGAAGUGUUGGUGAUUGCCGAUGAAGACGCUGAUGCUGAUUUUGUGGCAUCAGACUUGCUCUCACAAGCCGAACAUGGUGUGGAUUCCCAGGUUAUUUUGGUGGGUGUUUCUUUAAGCGAGAAGAAACUCACUGAAAUUCAGGAUGCCGUCCAUCGUCAAGCAGUGGAACUACCCCGUGUGGACAUUGUGCGCAAGUGUAUUGCUCACAGUUCUGUUAUCGUAUGCGACUCCUACGAGGAGGCUUUCGACAUGUCCAAUAACUACGCCCCGGAACAUUUGAUUUUGCAAAUCGUUAAUGCGUCCAAAUACGUUGACCUGGUUUUCAACGCCGGUAGCGUUUUUGUGGGUGCCUAUACUCCUGAGUCGUGUGGUGAUUAUUCUAGUGGUACCAACCACACUUUGCCCACUUACGGUUAUGCCAGACAGUACAGUGGUGUGAACACUGCUACUUUCCAGAAGUUCAUUACCUCACAAAGCGUUACACCCGAGGGAUUGCAAAAUAUCGGCCGUGCUGUUAUGAGUCUCGCUAAAGUAGAAGGUCUUGAUGGUCACCGUAACGCUAUCAAGAUCAGAAUGCAAAAGCUCGAUAUGCUACCGGGAGACUUCCAAUAA